AUGGAUGGAGGAGGGCUACUUCUUCAGAUCAAAUCAGUCAUGGCUGUUGCUGCUGGUGCUGCUGGUGCUGCUGGUGCUGCUGGUGCUGCUGGCGCUGCUGGUGCUGCUGGUGCUGCUGGAUGUGGCGAUCGCCGUCGUCGUCGUCGCUGCCGAAGAGCUGCUUGCGGAGAAUAUCGUGGAGCUGGCCGAAAAGUUCCUUCUUGAGGGAGUCGAAGGCGAGCUCCAUCCUGUCCAAGAGCUCCGUGGAGUUCUUGUUGUACAUGAACAGCCCAUUGUACAGGUCGAAGCUGUCCUUGCAGGUGUUCUCCACCAGCUGCAGCAGCGUCUCGUAACCCUUGGUAUUGAUCGGCCGCGACUCCAGCUCCAGCUUCGCCAGCAUCCUCCCCACCGUGUGCGUCACGAACUGCGUCUCCGCCGCGUACCUGUCGUGGUCUUUGCAGCUCAUCUGCACCAUCCUGCAACCCUCCCCUGCAAAUAUCUCCAGAAACCUCCGGCAGCGGCGCCGCCGCUCCUCGCCGCCGCCCACUCUCACUUCCUCGUACACGAACGGCAGCCCCGCCCACCCGCCGCCGCCGCUCUCCGGCCCGAACAUCGGGUGGGUGCAGACGAUGUCGAAGUCCGGCGGGAGGGUUUGGAGGAGGAUCGAGCGGGGGAACUCCUUGACGGAGAGCACGUCCGCGAAGAGGGUGGAGCGGCGGAGGCGGUGGAGGGGGAGCGAGGCGAGGACGGAGCGGAGGGAGAGGAUGGAGGUGCAGAGGAGGACGACGUCCGGGUGGGCCUCGCAGAGGUCGUGAGGGUCGGAGAAGAAGGCGGCGCAGCCGAGCUCGCGCGCGGCGGCGGAGUAGUCGGAGCGGGAAUGGGCGAGGACGGCGUGGCCCUGCUUGACAAUGGUGCGGGAGAGGAACUGGCCGAAGUUGCCGAAGCCGACGACGGCAACCUUCAGACGGGAGGACUGCUCCAGGAGGGAGGAGGCCUUGGCUUCGUAGUCGAAGGGCUGGGCGGCGUCCACCGCCUGCACCAGCGAGAGGUGGCGGCGCCGCCGACGAGGGGAGCGGAGAGGUGGGAAGCACAGAAGGGCGGCGGAGGGAUGGCUACGCCACGGCGGAGCGCCGCCGGCGGGGGUGAGUGGGGAUGGGCCGAGGCCGGUGGCGGCGGUGGCGGCGGCCUGCAUUGCAGAUCAGAUCACUGAGGAAAUGCCGCAACAAGCAGAUGAAGAGGAAGGAAGAGAGAGAGAGAGAGGGAGGAGGAUGAUGAGGAAAGGUAGCCUUUCUGGAUUCUGGUUGCUUUAACCUUGUCCAAAGGUGAGCGGAUCCCAGUCAGUCGGGUCUCCGCCACGUGUAGGCCGCCGAGUCAUGGUUAAGCGCGGGGGGGUCAGCGUUGGUGACGGCUCACUACGGUGAUUUCACCAUGGGCCUUUCGUAAAAUAAUAUAAGUUGAGUCUGGAUCCAAAAUAUCGACUUCUACAGGGGCUUAUCCCAAUUCUAACAGCCUCACCGACUGUGUUUUAACGGCAGGUUUUGACGUUUUAAUAGAUACUCUUUAAACGAGUGGUGCGAGAAUCAGUCAUACGAGGCCUAUUCUAUAUGCAUAAUGGGCCUAUAUAUUUGGCUGGGCUUGGGCCCAAACCCAACCAUGGGAGCCCAGAGACAUGUUGGGCCUUUCAGGGAAUUCCGGCUCAUCUACACUGCUGCUUGAUCACGUUCAAUUAAUUUUCAUCUUAUUAUCCAAAAAUACAAGAAAAUUAAUUUUCCUUGUUUUUUGUCAUAUCCAUAAUUUUUCUGAGAAAGGAGCUGAGAAUAUUCCCACGAAGAGAUCAUGAAUAAUUCAAAAUGGAGCAAUCGAGAUAUAAAUAAAACCUUAGGAAUAUGCAUGUCAUUGUUUUUAUACAAGUCCAUGCGUCAUCACAAAAAAAAUGGUAUAUAAUAUUUCUACAAGGUGAAUAUUCCCAAAGAAUAGGACACGCAUGCAAAUGACCUCAAAUCUCUACUUAUAAAAGGAAAAAAAAAUUCCAAAAAAAUUCCAAGUAGAUACAAUAUCAUACUCUGGUAGGCAACAUUCCAAAGCUCAGAGAAUCAUAACGAACCCUGAUUAUACAAAAAUAACCAUGACCAAGUACUAACCUAAAAGAUAAUCCCCAGCUAUAUAAAUAAUCUACAUUUAUAUAUAUAUAUAUAUAUUCACGAUAAAUGCAUCGAGUCAUCUUGGUAGGGUUUGAGCACAACCUCAGCCAUAUCCACUAUAAGUUCGUAGCAUGGUUAGUAAAUAUACAUCAUUAUGUCCAAUGUAGGAAGAGUGAGAGAUAGCGUGCUUGUUUAGUGCUGCCUCCUCUCAGCACACUAUCGCAGCCCUGAAAAUAAUCAACAAAAAGGAUUUAAAUAAUGUCCUGCCUUCCUAGGAAAUACAUCUUUCACAUCAUUUUGGAAGCUCGUCCAAAAUCUUAUUGAGUUUAUUGAAAUAAAGAACUUGUUUUAUCUUCUAGGAACGAAAAAUUCUAAAAUAUCUAGUUGACAUGUGAUUUGGAAAUUGGUUGUUCUACAUAUAGCAUUGUGUCAAUAAGGUAUGCCCUUUUUUUAGGGUACUAUGAUUUAUCAGCUAGCCUGGUGGCCUUCAUAAGCCUAGAGUAAUAUCAUUGGAUUUUGCAGGGAUCCCUUUUUGGUUUAACAAUGGAAUUGUUAUCAUUAAUUGAAGAUUCAGAAAAUAUAUGUGGAUGACUUAUUUGGACCAAGCUUCCUCGUCAAUGUCAUUAUGACAAAAAUUUAUCAUUAACAUUUCAAAAUAUAUCAUGGGAAAAAAAUUAUAAAGUAUAACAAAUUUUGUAUGCAUAAUAUCCAAAAUUUCAUAAUAAAUAUCAAUUUUCAUUUUCAUGUCUUAUGUGAAUAGUCUUGAAUUUAAUAUGCAAUAGUUCAAUUGUAAUUAACGUAUUGUAAGUGAUUCCUCUAGCAUUUCAUUUGGAGUCUCUAGCAUGUUUUCUCUUCUCGAUAGUUGCUUACAUGAAAUCAGUAUUUCUAAAAGAGAGAAAACAUAAAAAAAAAUUAAUUAUCAAGAAUCUCUUUAUUUGAGUAAUUAUAGUGUUUUAGUUCUAUUUUACAAAUUUUUUUUUAUUGGCUUAUUCUAUUGCACUAAAUAAUUCUUACACUAAUUUUCAAGUGCUACCAUGCAUGAGAUGCAUAUAAUUUUUAUUGCUAUCACUUUUAAGUAAAUUUUGUACUAAUAAAUUUUAGGAGGUUUGGUUUUAAAUCAAAUAUAUUGUAGAUUUUUGUUAAGUGCUCUGAUUUUAGUGGUACAAAAAGGGACAAUAGACUACGAAAUUGUAUUUUACUGUUUAAAGCUAUCCUUUGUCAAUAAAGAAAAACUUUGUUGUACUCAAGAAUAGGAGAUUUUCUUUGCCUUGGUAAAUCUCUUGCCAAUGUGCUUUCAAGAUGUGUUCCACUUCGUUGUCUAUCAAAUAGUAUCUUACCAAUUUACUUGUCAUGAUCUUAUGCUCCCUAGCAUUGAAAAAGGGUUUUACACCUUUCAUUUUAUGAAGGAGCCCCGUAUGAUGUAAUUUUGAUAGGAAAAUAGUUUAAUCAAGUUUAUUAUGAAGGAGCCACAUAAUAAAUAUUUAUUGAUAUUAUAACUACAAAUACUCCAUCAUGAGAGAAAGUUAAAUUUUAUAAUUAUGAACUUAAAGUCAUAAGCUAAAUACGUUUCUCAUCUUACCCAAUUUAAGAAUGAAUGUUUUGUCUAUUUAAUCAAAUCUUCUUGAUGUUGAAUCACUUUUAUGUUUUGGCUCAUUUGUUGUCGUUUAGUUCUCUUUAACUGAAUGGUAAGUAAUAGCUAUAUUAUUUCAUCUCUCUGUGCCUUUUACCUUUUAGUAGCCUGACUUGAAAGCAACUAGUAAUACAGACUCGACGGGUUCUAAAGUUUCAUGAAGGACACAAUUUAGUCCCUCGAAGAUAAUAUAAUUUACUAUUAAUUUCUUAGCAUCAUCAAGGCGAUAUAUAAAUGGUUCUAGCUUUUGGUGCCACUUCUUCGUUUGAAAGUAGAAAGAACGCUCUUUCAAUCGUUACCACGACCAUGGAAAGCCUAAAAGUUUCCAAAAUAGGGUGCAAGUUGAAUGGAAAAUGAGAUGGGCCUCCUCCCAAAUCCUUGCGAGGAAGAUUUCAUCAUCUACAUCUAGGUUUCAUCAAAGGAGUCGAAGAUAAAAAAUCAUUUAAAAUGUAAUGCCCUAGCUAAACUAUUAGCUUUCCCAUAGUUCAAACAUUUAUUGACAUUGUUGCCCGAAAUCUACUGCACAUAAGAUCAAGUCAUGAAAACAGGUCCAUAUGAUAGCAAAAGGAAGAGAACACGAAACGAUCAGCCAUUGGAAGAAGUUUAUUACAACAGAGACGGCCACGACGUUGUGAAGCCGAAACUCUCCUCUUAUAAGCCCAAAACCACCCCGGACUGAAGGAAAGGAGAGCCGGUAAUGCGAUUCAUCGAUGGGGUUGAAACAAGGGGAGUUUGCCGAGGAACCGAUUGACGGGGACCAUGUUACCGCUUGAUAGGGGGUGGGUAACGACCGUGGUAGCUGCGGUGGCGGCGGUGUCGACGAGGAGGAGGAGGUGGCGGUGGCGGCGGAGGAGGAGGUGGUGGUGGUGGUGGCGGCGGUGGGCGGGGAGGCGGCGGGGAGUAA